GUACACACACCCCUACCAUCUUUGUUUACGCUGACGUCAUUCCCAUGCGCCGCUCACAUGUCUUCAUACUUAUCAGUUCAGGUGAUGCAUUUAAGGACAGUAGAUCUGAGCAUCAAACAGAAGAGUGUGAAAUGCAGCUGGAUGAAGUCUCGGAGGUAAUUGAUCUUCUUCAGAUAGAUGUGGAGUCUGAUGUGGCUGAAGAAAGGCCAGGGAGAGAAGAUGCAGGGUGUUCAAGGAAUGUAUUGAGGAAGCAGAGGAACUGGGAGAGGCAGCUGGCAGCAAAGAAAAACAAGAGGAGAGAAGAGAAGCAGAGGAGGAGGAUGAACCGCGAGCAGGAGUCAGGUGUAAGCGGCGAUAAUCCUCAGUUCACAAAACGGGUGAUGAAGGCGAUCACCAGAGAGCGUUUAGCCGAAGCUCAGUUCACAGGGCUCAAACUCUGCGUUGACCUGAGUAUGACAGACAGCAUGUCGGACAAGGAGGUGAGUCGCCUGGCCGGUCAGUUAAGGAGACUGUACGGCUCGAACAAGAAGGCGACUCGACCGUUUCGUCUUUUCCUGACGGACCUGAGGGAGGACAGUCGUCUCUACAGGGAGUGCAUACGGAUGAACGACGGCUUCCUGAAUUAUAUGAUGGACAUUACAGAAGAAAGCUGUCAGGACCUUUUCCCCCCAGAAACAAUCAUCUACCUCACACCCGAUGCUGAAGAAGCUUUACAAACAGUGGAUGCUGAUAAGGUGUACGUCCUGGGCGGCCUUGUAGAUGAAAGUAUCCAGAAGAGGUUGAGCUUCUCGAGGGCCACAGAGCUGAGCCUGCACACCGCGAGGCUGCCCAUAGACGAGUACAUGGUGAAGAAGAACAACAGCAAGAACUUCCACUCAAAGAUCCUCGCUGUCAAUCAAGCACAGGCAGCUGGACUGAAGCCCUGCAGGCGUGGUUCCCCCAGGGCAAAGGUUAUGUUAUUACACCCGAGGAUUCUCAACCACUUCCAGUUUCUCAAACACAGACGUAAUUCAUUGAUCGUACAAAGAAUCAAAAUAAAUAAGAAAACUGCUGAGAACAAAAACAAACAAAAAACCACAGAGAACGUCCUGUAUUUUCCUCAUGUUUCUGUUAAAUUUGAUUAUUUCUGUCAAGUCUGAUUAUUUCUGUUAAGUCUGAUUUUUUUCUGUUAAGUCUGUUUAUUUUUUAAAACUUGUUUUGUACCAGAAAUCUAAAAUCAAUGUGUUGAUUAAAUGGUGACAAACAUUACAGCAUGUUUACAGGUUGCAGUAUUUGAACUGUUUUUAAUCAUCUGGUGUGUUUUACUGCAGAUGUUUACAAGCAGCAUCAUUUCACUUUUAGGGGGAAAAAAUUUACAUUUAUCAGGGAAGCCAUGUUUUUCUUUAGAAAAUUGGAUUGAAUCUAUAUUCAUCUUCGAUCUCAUCUUCGAUCUCAUCUUCGAUCUCCCUCAAAUAUUUUCCUUCCUUCCUUGUUCAUUUUUGAAAGAUCUUAUUUCCAGUGACAUCAAAGGGAAGCGUUCAGUCUGACAGAUAGCAGUGGAUUCACUAACUGGAACUACUUCCAUAGGUGUCCAUAUCUCAAAAGUUAAUGGACACCCUUCAGCCAAUUAGAAUUGAGUAUUCACCCAGACCACGGUAUAAAGAAGGUUCAUGUCUAUUAGCUUUAAUGCUUAGUUUUAUUAUUGAUAUUCAUAGAUCUAAAUAAAAUAAAGACUUGUUUAUGGGUUGGUAAAGAAAGCUUUGUAGCUCAGUCCUAAUUUCUAAUUUAAUGAAGUUUAAUGUAUUUUCUUUUAAAUCAUGCAAAUCAUUAAAAGUGGUGAUGCAACAAUAAGAGAGACUUUAUAGAUAUCUGUAAUAACGUGCUUCAAAUUAAAUCUGGUGUCAGCUAUCUUCUCUGAUUAAACCAGUCUGCGCUGGUCGGACUUGAACCCAGACCACCUGCAUCCCUGGACUGCAGCCUCUGUACAAGAGGUACGACCUAACCGCUAGGCCAUCAGUGCCUUGUUUUAGCAUGACUAUACAAUGCUGUCUUAAUUAGGCAAGUUGCGAAUAGCUGUAACAGAAAAUCAGCCAAUAGGAUUAAAGUAUCUUUUUUUUUUUUUCCAAGGUGUUCGAACGCUUGCUUAGUGUAGGUUCAAAUCCCCACUGAGACAAAUCUGAGAUGUGAUUUAGGCUAUUGUGUUGUGAUGAAACACAUUGUUUAAUAUUGACUUUAAUAGAUUCCCUUUGUUGUUACCUUGUUUAUUGAGAGUGAAGUACCUGAAGUACAUGUAUAAAUCAUUUUAGUUUAAAAAUCUAAUUUACUACUAUUUACUAAGAUCUGAAUAUGUCAUUGAUUUCCUUGUUUUGUAUACAGAUUAAAUCAUGCACACCUUCGAAAAAGUAAUAUAAAAGUUUGAAACCGCAUUAAAAUGUCCAUGUUGGUGAACUGGCA